AUGCAUUGUUUUGUACUUUUUAUCAGAGGAAACAAAAACAAGGUCGGGUACAGAUGGUAUGUCAUUUUGUCUAUGACCACCUCGAGGAUCUCUUGUCGAAGUCCCACCAGCAGCCACACCAGGGAAGAUAGAAACGUAGUAGAUCCGUGGCUAGUCAAAGCCGACUUCUACCACGGUUACUUACCCAGAGAGGAUAUCGUCUAUCUGUUAAAGAAACACGGUGACUUUCUCGUUCGUACCAGUGAGUUGGACACAAGCAGAAUGCAGACUAGAGUGAAGAAGAAGGAGACUGUGAUAUCAGUACUAAUGGACCCAGAUGGGAAGUUUGAAGAAACUCCUUCAAGUGAGAGUCGACAGGAAAUGGUAAGGAAUGUCAUAAUUUAUCACAGAAAACUGCGGUUCUACGUCGAACACACUGUUCGUUUCGAAUUUUUAAGAGAUCUUUUUGAAUACUAUUCACAACACCCAGUACGCAUAAACAAGUUCAGUUGUCUAUAUGCGGUUCUAAAUAACAACACGUCACAUCCGACCGAUGUUUUCCGAAGUAGCAGUAGCAUUCAAAGAACUAUGUUGAUUGAGUUCGACACGAGUUCAAGUGCGACUCAAGAAGCGUCACGCCUUAAGAAAUGCCCCUCUCAUUCACAUGCACGAAGGUCGCGACUCUACGGCUUGGUGGACAUUGUGCUCAAAAGAGGUGUACGACUUGCGAAUUGGGAACUACAGCACAAAAACGUGACAAUAGGAAGAGUUCUAGGACAAGGCGCUUUUGGAGAAGUGCGAAAAGGGACUUUAUUAAGGAGAUCCGGGCGAUCCGUAGCAGUGGCAGUGAAAACACUCAAAUCGGACACAGAGCUAUCAAAAGCCAAAAUCAAAGAAAUGAUGAAGGAAGCUCGUCUGAUGCGUGAAUUGAAGCAUCCGAAUGUCGUGUGCAUCUACGGGGUCGCUCUGCUAGAACAUCCUUUGUAUAUCAUACUCGAAUACGUGCCAGGCGGGGCACUCGAUGCUUACCUGCGAAAAAACAAGAACGUCAUAGGCAGAGACGAACGAUUACUAAUGGCAAUGGGAGCGGCUUGGGGACUGGAAUAUCUGCACAAAAGCAAUGUCCUUCACAGGGAUGUUGCUGCUAGGAAUUGCUUGUACGACAACGACAAAAUCGUCAAAAUAAGCGACUUUGGCUUAUCCCGUCGAGGGACAACGUACACCAUGAAAACUGCAAAAAAGAUGCCUAUAAAAUGGAUGGCACCGGAAAGCAUGUCCAGUUUCACGUUUUCUCAGAAAACUGACGUUUAUAGCUAUGGAGUGUUGGUUUUCGAAAUUUUCUCUGGUGUAGAACCGUACGAAGGGGUGUCAAAUUCGAUGACCAAAAGAAUGAUUAUUGAAGGACAAGUAAACCAAUUCCCCGAAGGAACGCCGUCGAAACUCGUGGAAUUCGUCAAAGGAAAAAUGUGGGAUCACAACCCAGACACGCGACUCGACAUGACUCAGAUAGUUGAUUGGAUGGAACAAUACACUGGAUUAGAACUGGAUUUGCCUGAAGACCGUUCUAUGGCUCAGGAAAUAAAAAACGGCGAAACAAACCGACUUUUCGUUGCAGUCUUCUGCCUCACUGGUGUUCCGCGUGAAAUGGACAGAUGGAGUCCCGAAAAAGACAGAUCGAACAACUUGUUGAAGGCGACACCGACUCCAAACUGCCUUCCAUGCACUUCCAACCAGAACCGAACAAGAAUCAAGCGCUCGCUACACGACCUUUACAGCAUAAAGUUAGAAAACGCUCCGAGAAACCCGAACAAACGAAGAAGAGCUAAGUUAUAA